CAGGAGUGGAUAAAUGCCGUUACCUCCUACCGGGCCCCGUCUCACUUCCGGGUCUGUGGCAAGGCAACUUCCUUUUAGCAUAAGAAGGAACUGCUGGGGAAGGUGAAGCGGGGCUGCGGCCAGUUUUGCUGGGUUUCGCUGGAAUGAUAAAAUGAUUAUAGACCUAUGGAGAUAUUUCUAUACAAAUAUCUUUCGAUUUUGGCUAAAGUGGAUUGUAAGACUGGUAACUGGAAAAUGUGAACUGCAGCGUAUUUGCAAUGGCACAAGGAAAAAUGCAAAAAGAACGCUACAAAUCGAGUAUUCAUUGGAAUCAUCGAAGCAUAAGUCCUUGCAAAAUGCUUUGAAUUCUACUGAAGAUGAAGUGGAAAAAUGUGUUGCGUGCAUAAUAGAAGAAAAGAAGAUUAAAGUACAGAAAGAUACAGGAUUUGCUUCAAAGCUGCAGUCAUCUUUGCUCCAAAUAUCAGGUUACAAAAAGCUCUGUUUGGCAGUGGAAGAUCUCAAAAAACAAGUAUAUAAUUCAGACAAUAAAGAACAUGAAGAGCAAUUAAUGGAGCUCUGGAAUUUGUUAAUGCCCCAUGAAAAACUGAAGGCCAGAAUAACAAAGCAGUGGUGUGAUAUUGGUUUCCAAGGUGAUGACCCUAAAACAGACUUCAGAGGAAUGGGAAUGCUAGGAUUAACUAAUCUUCUAUAUUUUAGUAAACAUUAUCCUCAUGAAGCUCGUCAAAUCCUUAUUCGUUCAAAUCAUCCAAAACUUGGAUACUCUUACGCAAUCGUUGGAAUCAAUUUGACAGAGAUGGCUUACAGUUUGUUAACAAAAGGACUUUUAAAAAGCCACUUUUACAACUUGGUUCCUGGUGCUCCUCAGCUAAAUGAUUUCCAUCAGUUUUACUGUUAUUUGUCUUACGAAUUUGACAAUUUUUGGUUUGAAGAGAAACCGGAGAGUAUUAUGUACUUCAACCAGUAUAGAGAAAAGUUUCAUGACAAAAUCAAAAGACAACUCCUGGAUUAUGAUGUGGUCCUUGCCUUAAAAACUGAAAACUAGAAAUGUGUGAUUCGUUGAGUUCUGUACAUAAAUAUUAUGCACUUGAUCGAAACUCUGGUAUUCAACCAAAAACUCCAUUUAUUGCUCAAAGGUUUAUACAUCCAUUAUUAUUUUUAUAGAAAAUAUGCUUGGACAAUCAAUUCUUAUUUAAGACUGACUAUUACACUCUAAAGAUAUUUUUUUUAAUAUAAAGAUCCUCACUGGAUCAUAGGACCUCACAUUUUUUCUACACUUAGUAGAAGGUGUAAAAUAAUUGCUGAACUUUAUCAUGUUGCUCAAUAAUAGCUUCAUAUUCAAAUUUGAUUGAUGUUUGAUUUACAGAAAAAGAUGUAAUGAUAGUUCAUUAAUGGAAAAUUUGUUCUGGCUUUUUUAUACUGUAUAUCUUGUUCUUUUCAAAUAUGGAAGCUGUAGUGCUCUAUUAUGAUUUGAAAAAGAAUAUCCAUCAAUGAGUAGUAUGUUACUUGAAUGAAUGAAAGCUGUCUUUAUUGUCCUUAGUCGUAUUAUCUGUUUUAUCUCCCUUUGGAUGUAUAUAGGUAGAAACUAGCAGGUUAACCUUUCAUUUUAAAAUAAAUUUUAUACACUGCCAUAAAAAAUAAAACGAAAUAAAUUUUGCCUGUAUUGUACUACAGUUGCUAUCAAAUAUCAAUCUCUGUCCUCCCUCCCUCAGUUUUUUCGGUUAACAACACUUAGGAGGCAUAUAAAUUAAAAAUUAUUAAAAAUUAAAGUAUUUAAUAGAAAAUAAUUAAUACAUUCUUUUUUCAAUACUCCUGUAUCACUUAUUGAGGACUACAUAUUGGAUAUAAUUCUCAGACAAUCUAGAUAAUAGAAUUGUACUCAUGUUGAAAAUCUAUAAAGACCUUUUUAAUUUUCCUGUAAAUUUUGUAUUUAGCCUUGUUGACAUUUGAGAGAUGGACAGAAUGAUCAAGAUUGUUAAAGUGCCUUUUAGUUACAGCAUUUGAGUAUCAUCCCUGGAGCUGGGAUUUGCUGAUUUCUAGAUAGCUUCUAGGAUGUGCCUAUUGUAACAUUUAAUACUGGAAUUGGGCAUAUUUAAUCUUGCUGACUAGGAUAAAAAAGUAUGUGCAAAUUAUAUCACCAAUCCAGAAAAAAAUGUAUAAAAGUAUUUGAAGAAUAUUUUAAGAAAAUACAAUUGUGUAUGAAAACUUGGGAAAAAUUUAUUAUGGAUUGGGCUCUGACAAAGAAAUAGAGGAUUUAUUUUAGUGUUUACAGUUAUCUUGCAAAUACUCAUUUUAUCUCAAAAAUUGCUGAAAGAAAACAUUAGAUACUAUGUAAUAUGCAUGCUGGACAUUAAAAAAAAUACUCUGCACUGUC